AUGUCUCGCUCAACGUCAGACGACCAACUGAAGUUCCUCUUGAGCUGCGUCAGACACGCCAGCCAUGGACGAGUUGAUUUCGUGGAAGUUGCCAAAGAAUGUGGUGUAGUCAGCAAAGGAGCAGCGGCCAAACGAUAUGAGAGACUCAUGAAAGCGAUUGGUAUCAGUCCUAGCGGUGGCCCUUCAAGCAGCUCUCCCCCCAAGCCCACCAUCUCCAAGCCAAAGGCCAAGGGUCCAGUUGAAAGACCCUCGCCAGCGAAGAAACAGAAGCUGGGGAGAGACAGCCCGGCCUUCACUUCGAAGAAAGGCGAGAACGUUCCGAUGCCGAUGAGGAUGACCGCAGCAAGUCCACAGGGUGAUGCUUGUGGACCUACACCGACAAAUUCAGAAACAUUCCAUAGCAUUGUUGGACAUAACCUUUUCAGUGCACCAGGCAAGCCACAACAGUCUUUUCCUACCUUAUUGGCUACCAGCCACCCGGGUGCCAGCUCUUGGGGUCAAUCCGUUACGUAUUCGGCACCGCAGCAAUCGCCAUUUGCUGGUUUCCCGGCAUUUGCAUGCGGCCCUGGCCAUCAGUUGGUACCAGACGUCCAUAUGUAUCCCCCUUUUCCACCAGCAUUCAGAGAGCCAUGGUCGUUCACAUGCCAGGAAGAUGGUAGACCACUCCGUGGUUUUGGCGAGUAUGCCAGUCGAAACCAUGCCAUCCAGCAAAACCAAGCCGAUCAGCCACCUCUUUCGUACGAAGCAAUGCCGCUGAGGCUCCCACCGCAGCCACAGGAGGUCGUUCCGAUUCAACAGCCAGGCGAACGUCAGCCAGAAGUAGGAGACGAGUACUCCGAGCCCAAAGGCCAUGUUGUUGUGGUGGAAUGA